AUGGUUUCGUGUUUCUCCGUCGCUCCCAUACACAACGACAAGUACGACUAUUACAUCGACGAUUACAUCUCCGAUGACGACCCGAACCUCGACCCGGACGUACGUACGCUUCGCAAGGCGAAGCAGCGGCGGUACGAGGAGCGGCUCGCGAAGGAAGCGGCGAAAGCGGCGGAGGAAAGGGAGCGGAUACGGCAGAGGGUCGGGGGAGUGGUGGUGGUGGGUGUGGAUGUUAAUGAAAGCGGCCAGAAGAUCGUGGACUUCGCGAUUGAGAAUAUGGUGAAGCGAGGCGGCAAGCUGGUGCUCGUGCAUGUCGCCACCGUCACUCCCCUCGUACAGCCGGGCCCAGGCCGCAGCGACAAGCGCGAGGUGAAGAGCAGGGAGCGGGCGUGGUGGGGAGGGUACAACCUGCACAUGUCACACGAGGUCGCACGCCUGCUCAAGCCACACAGGCGGCAAUGCAGAGCGGCUGGGGUGAGUCUAGUCCGUCAAAAGCUGCACAGGCAGCACUGUAGAGCCUCUGGAGUGAGUCCCUCCUUCCUUUCUUCAGACAGACGGCACUUGUCACACGAGGCCGCUCGCUCAAUGCAGAGCGGCUGGCUGGGACGGAACAUGUCACACGAGGUCGCGCACCUGCUCAAGCCGCACAGGCGGCAAUGCAGAGCGGCUGGGGUGGAGGUGCGUAUAGUGCGAGGCAAAUCAGUGCCCCACACGCUCCUAAAGGAGGCCGCUUCCCUCUCUGCAACCACGCUGCUGCUGGGGCGGAAGGGCAAGGGCAAGGAGAAGGCGCAGUUCAAUGCCCACGCAGACCCCAUGGAGGUGGAGGUGCGUAUAGUGCGAGGCAAGUCAGUGCCACACACGCUCUUGAAAGAUGUCCUUUACACCUUCCCUCCCCUCCUUCCCUCCCCUAUUCUUCCCCUUCAGAUGGAAGUGGAGGCAAUCGGGCCCCAACAAAGCAAGCUACUGUGCCCGGCGCCCCCCUCUAGGCUGUGUGGUGCCCGUGGUGGAUCCCUCCUCCUCAUCUGCUCUCUGAUGUUCGCCCCCCUUUUACCACCCUCCCAACAGGCAAUCGGGCCCCACCACAGCAAGCUACUGUGCCAGGCGGCCCCCCCCCUGGGCUGUGUGGUGUUGGUGGUGGAUCCUUCCUCCUCGCGAGUCGUGCUGCAGUCGGGGAACGUCGACUUUCGCUACCCCAACCACCCCAUUCGCCCCCUGCUGUCUUCCUCUCCCUUCUCCCCCUCACAACAGCAGGCAAUCUGGCAGCAGCGCAGCAAGCUAUUGCGCCCGGCGGCCUCCCCUGGGCUGUGUGGUGCUCGUGGUGGAUCCUUCCUCCUCGCGAGUCCACGGGAUAAUGGUAGCGUUCAGAGGAGUAGUGGCAGUUUGAGAGGGGUGGAAGGGGAUGGGGAAGGGUCUGUGAAGCUAGCACGAAAUAAUGGUAGCUUUCAGAGGAAUAGUAGCAGUUUGAGAGGGGUGGAAGGGGAGGGAGAAGGGGAGGCUCGUCGUGCUAAGGGGGUGGGGAUGGGGGCAGGGAUGGGGGUGGGGAUGGGGGCGGGGAUGGGGGCGGGGAUGGGGGCGGGGAUGGGGGUGGGGAUGGGGGCGGGGAUGGGGGCGGGGAUGGGGGUGGGGACAGGGGUAAGGAUGGGGGUGGCUUGUGCGGAUGAUGGGUCGAGUGUGCAGAGCUACAGGAGCAGUCUGCAUGGGGUGAAGGAGGAGGAGGAGGAAGAGGAGGAGGACGAAGAGGAGGAAGAAGAGGAGGAGGAGGAUGGGGAGGGGGGCGAGGAGGAAGAAGUGGGGGAACGAGUGGGGAGAAGGGUGGUGGGGGAGGUGGGUUGUGAAGAGGGGGAGGAUGGGGAGGGGGAGCAGAGGGAAGUGGAUGAGGAGGAGGAGGACGAGGAGGAAGAAGAGGAGGAAGAUGGAGGUUCGAGUUGGAGCAGUUGCGGCAGUGCUGGGAGGGAGUUGGAGCAGCAACAGAGGAACCAGCAGAGGGACCAGAGGAGAGAAGAGGAGGGUGUGGUGGUCGGGGAGAGAAGCUUAGAUGAAGGGCAUGAAGUGAGGAUAGGCAGGAGGGGAGACGCGCGGGAGGACAGGAGGGGUGAAGGGAAAGCGGAAAGGAGGGAAGAAGCGAGAAUAGAGGGGGCGGAGGGGGGGGGGAGAAAGAGGCGGGCACAGGUGCUUGUGUGUGAAGGGACAGACGGAGAACGAAUAAGGGAGUCAAGAACAAACAGUGAAUGUGGUUCAAGGCAUGAACAAUCAGGUUUCUCAGCUAAAGCAGCAGAUGCUACUGCUCGUGAUGGUGCUUCAGGUGCUACUGUUCGUGAUGGUGCUUCAGGUGCUUAUUCAGGUGCUUUUGCUAGUGUGGUUGGAAGGCAGGGCAGCAGCAGGAGCAGUGGGAGCAGCAGAGGGGUGAUGGCAGGGGCGCAAGAGCGCGUUUUGAGAGAUCAUAGCAGAGAGGGGGACAGGUGGGGAGGGGCAAGUUUAGAUGGGAGCAGUGUGGAUGGGAGGAGUGUGGAUGGGAGGAGUGUGGAUGGGAGGAGUGUGGAUGGGAGGAGUGUGGAUGGGAGGAGUGUGGACAGCAGAACCACCACCACCACUACAAUCACCAGCACAUACAUGCAUAGACCAUUAGAGAGCCUUACCUCUUGUUCCUCCUCCCUCUCCUCCCUCUCCUCCCUCACUCCCCCCUUCACCCCUCCCCAGCACCACCACCCCUCUUCCCUCCCUCGCCCCCCUCCCAUCCGCCCGUCUUGCCGAGCUAGAACAGGACCCCGGGGGUUGAAUGGAUCGUACCAUUCUGGUAACCUGAAUCCAGACACACAGCAGCAGCAAGGCCAGUCUCUAUCCUCCUCCACUAGCUCCUCUCAAUCCAUCACAGCCACACACUCUCCCGCCCGCAUCUUUCCUCUCAAAGAGCUUGUUGCAGCAACCGGAAAUUUCGCUCGAGAGAACAUGAUAGGGAAGGGAGGGUACGCAUAUGUGUAUAAAGGGAAACUGAAGCUUACUAUAGGGGAGCAGACGGGCAGUGGCAGUGCGGUUGGUGGCGGUGGUAGAGGCGGGUUGAGGGGUUCGGGGGGGUCGAGUAAGGUUGUGAGGGUGGCGGUUAAGAGGGUGUAUAAGAAGGGGAGGAGCAGGGAUAAGGAGAAGGCAAAGCAGGCGAGGGAAAAGGAGGAGAGAGAGAAGGAGAGGAGGAGAGGAGGUGGUGGGGAGGAGGGAAAAGACGGGAAAGCGGAGGGAAAGGAGGAGGGGAACGAGGAGGGGGAUGGCCUAGAGGAACAAGAAGGAGAAGAAGAGAGGAAGGCUCGGGAGGCAGAGGAGAAUGAGAGAUUUAUGACUGAGGUGCGGAUCGUAGAAAGAGCCAGCGCCCAUCCAAACGUCGUGAAGCUUCUGGGAUACUGCAUGGAGGGAGGAGAGCAUAUUAUGGUGUAUGAGCUGGCAGGGAAUGGGAGUGUGGAGCGCAACUUGCACUCCAAGACAAGGGAUGUGAUGCCGUGGGAGCGGCGCGUGCAGGCUGUGGUCGGCGCGGCACGAGGGCUGGCUUACCUCCACAGCGGCUCUGCAGCAGCAGCAGCAGCAGCAGCAGGAGCAGCAGGGGAGGGGUGCAUAGUGCAUAGGGACAUCAAGACAGGCAACAUUCUAGUGGGCCACGACUGGCAACCACUGGUUGCUGAUUUCGGCCUCGCCAGAUGGAUCCCCUCCCCUCCCCCCUCCACCUCCGCAUCCCCCUUACAAGCCUCCUUGUCUCCCUUACAAGCCUCUCCUUUACAAGCCUCUGUGUCGGCUAUAGCUGGGGUGGCGAAUAAACCCGCUAUAGACGGAUCCAUUAAGUCGCCUAUAGAGGGUACGGUGGGGUACAUGGCCCCUGAGUAUUUUCUUAGGGGGCGGCUGUCCACCCACACUGAUACAUACGCGUUUGGAGUGCUGCUGCUGGAGCUUAUAACGAGUCGCCGGCCUGUGGAUCCGAGGAGGAGCAAGGAGGAGAUGGACCUGGUGCUGUGGGCUCUCCCUCUGCUGGGAUCGGGGCAACUGCAUCUGUUGGUGGACCCGCGUGUGGAGGGCGCAGUGGACCUCCCUUCUCUGCACCGCAUGGCUGCUGCUGCGCUGCUCUGCCUGCGCCACACGCCCUCCCUCCGCCCCUCCAUGCACCAAGUCGCCCUACUGCUGGAAGGGCACUUUCUGGAUUACCAACAGUUGUACCUACACUGGCCGAGCCUGCGGGACCAUGCUCGGCCCACUUCAGCUGAGAGCAAACGAAUGGCUGCUGCCAAAGCUGCUGCUGUUGGAGGAAUGCGAAAUAAAAAUCCAGAAGAGAAGGAAAAUGAGGAGAAUAAAGGGGGUUAA